UUUCUCGUUACCGGAUAUGACGAAUUUGCAGGAAAAGUUACCGACCGGCUGGGUGGUUGGACAGGCAUCUUCAAAGACAAUGGUUGAUGCAUCACUCAAUAUCUUCUAUGGUGAUCAAGAUAAUGUGUAUUGUUUCAGUGCUAACUUUCUUCAGUAAUUAAAUUCAACAAAAGAAGCCCUUAAUUUUAAGCUUCCAUGAAGUUCAGCUGCUGCCUGUUGAUUCUGGUUCUUAACCUCAGUGUUUUUGCUCAAGAAAAUGUUACUUCCAACCUGACAUUUACUGUGGGAUCAAGGCCCCUGCCUCUCAACAUAUCACUUCUCCCAAUCUUUCAAGCCUUGACAAAAUAUCCAGUUCCUCAGGACAUCAUAGCAAAAGAAGGUACCUGUGUUUUCAUUGAAUGUAAUUUGAACAUUAGCCAGCAGGACACCAUACUCUGGUACAACUCAAAGGGGCAUCUUCUGGAGCAAGGUGGAAAAGAUGGAAGACUGGUGAUCUCUGACAAUAUCCUCAAUAUCACAGGUGUAAUAUUUGCUGACCGGGGACGAUAUACUUGCAGUGUCAAAAAUGAAAAUGGCACUUCUUAUUAUUCAGUCACCCUCAGAGUGGUCUCUACCUCUGGAGACAUGGGCAUUUAUUACAUGAUUGUCUGCCUAGUUGCUUUUACCAUCAUCCUAAUCUUAAAUAUUACACGUCUGUGCAUGAUGAGCAGCCAUCUUCGUAAAACAGAGAAAGCCAUCAAUGAGUUCUUCAGAACUGAAGGGGCUGAGAAGCUACAGAAGGCUUUUGAAAUAGCCAAACGCAUUCCUAUUAUUACCUCUGCCAAAACUCUAGAGUUGGCCAAAGUCACCCAGUUUAAAACCAUGGAAUUUGCUCGCUACAUUGAAGAACUUGCCAGAAGUAUCCCUCUGCCACCUCUAAUCCUUAACUGCAGGGCCUUUAUGGAAGAAAUAUUUGAAGCAGUGCAUGUUGAUGACUCUGAUGAAGUAGGAGAUGGAGUGAAACAGACCCAAGCACUUGGUGCCCAAGAGGGAGUCUAUCCCUUAAACCCAGAAAUAAAGCGCAGUAAUUCACCAGCAGGAGAUUCAGAUGAUGGUUCAGUGAAUGACCACGGCAAAGAAAUAGCUGUGGAGGUAUCUGUCCACCUUCAGUCAGAAGCACAAAGCAUUGAUACUGUUUCUCACGAUAGUGUCACCUCCCUGCCAUCAGAGGAUGGUCCGAGGGCAGGGCCGGAUUUAGAUGAAAAGAGGCCCUAGGCUAUUCCACUUAUGAGGCCCUUUCACCUAUAGUGAAAGUGUAAUUUUAAUUUUGCUAACAAUUUGAAUGUAGGCCCCUCUUGAUCUUGAGGCCCUAGGCUGAAGCCUAGUUAGCCUAUAGGAAAAUCCGGCCUUGUCCGAGGGCUGAAUCCAAAUAGACUAGCGAAGCUACUUGUGUGACGUUCCUCCUGAUUUGGGAGAAUGCUCUCAAAGAGAAAAGGGAAAAUGUCACCAUAGUCUCAGAUGCAGGAUCCUUGUUUGUUUUUUGUGUUAAAUUUUGUUAGGUGACUGUAAAAUCAGCGUAGAUGAAGCUAUUUUAAAAUUCUUAUUAUAACUAAUCUUAGAAUUAUUUUGCAGCAGGAUCCUUUCUAUCAAUUAUUGAUUAUUCCAGUUAUAAUAGAGUGGACAAACUUUUGUUGGCUGAUGUAGUACAGUUUAUUUAUUAUUUUUGUGAGAGAAAGAUGGCAGCAAAUAGGGCACCAAUAGCAUGAUGUCAUGAAAAAUAACUGGAGACUUCGUUACAUUUCUCCCCAUUUUUCAGUGAGCUAAGACUAAAAGAGGCACAAUACAUGAUAGCUUGCCUCUAAAAACUAAAAUGAAAGCUAGUGAGUUAUCUGUUCAUGAGAUACAGCAAAAUAAUACAUUGACAUAAAUAGUUUCUGUCAUGUCUACCCAGAAAGUUAAAUUCUUAUAUGUGCUCAGUUCUUUUAUUACAGUUCACAAGUGUACUGUACAUGAAAUUAUAACGUGGCAGGUCAUCUUUUUUUAAAUACUAUAAGGAAACUGUGAUUGUUACAACUGAAAACUAUGUGAAAAACAUAGGAAAUAUUCAGAGAUUCAAUUGUAUGUAUGCAUGUUCCUAUUCAGUAUUUGCAUUAGAAAAUAGGAACCCAAGUGCAACCUUUGCAUUGCAGCCAAGGACAGACCACUUAAAUAUUCUGUCAAUUGCCAAAUAUUUUAAUAAAUGAGGCUUGUUUUCUCGGUGUUACUCAUAAUAUCAAGUUUUGGAAUAUUAUUUCAUUUAAUUGCAGUGAACUGACAAAAUCUUCAGGUUCUCUCAGUGUUACUAUGAUAAAAACAGUGACAACUUCGGUACUAGUAACUAUUUUGAAGUGUCUACAGUAACCUCAUUUAUAACUUCAGCCUUCUUCUUCAGGCAGUAUGUUCUUAAUUGUUAAUAUUAAGUGGCCAAUGUUGAGGACAAUGUCAUUUGAUAGCAGUUAUAAGUGUUCCAUGAAAAUCACCUGGGGAAAACUUAACAUGAGCCAAUGAUAAUUUGAGUGAAAAAGAUGCAGAGUUAGGAAAGUAGGCUGAGAAUUGUGAUCUACGGAGCCUGGCCUCAAUAAAAAACCUGAGGAAACCUCAAAGAACAACACCAUUAUACAAUAAGCAACUUUAAUAUGGACAUUUGGCUGAUUCCUUAUGUUCAACAGUAGUGUAAUUGCCUAUUAGAGCCAUGGUGGCACAGUGGUUAGAAUGCAAUACUGCAGGCUAAUUCUGCCGAUUGCCAGGAGUUCAAUCCUGACCGGCUCAAAGUUGACUUGGCCUUCCAUUCUUUCAAGGUCCGUAAAAUGAGGAUCCAGAUUCUUGGGAACAAUAUGUUGACUCUGUAGUCCAUUUUGAGAGGGCUGUAAAACACUAUGAAGUGGUAUAUAAGUGCUAUUGCUAUUGCUUCAGGCUAUAGGUAUGAAAUAAUACAGUUAAAUCUCACUUUAAAGGAAAACAGAUACCUUGUAAAUUCAAAAUUAAAUUGUUGAGGGUUUAGUUUGGUCAGUUGUUGCCUGUUGUUCCCUCACAUACUUUUGUAUGAGGCUUUUACCUUUCUGGAAAAUUACUUCACAUAACUGAACUGAUGCAAUCCAUUAUAUCAUCAUCUCAUAGUAGGAGAUGAUGAUAUAAUGGAUUGCAUCAGUUCAGUUAUAUGAAACAGAUCUGUCCUUAUGCUGCGAGGUCACAUUUGCUAAUGAAAUAAGAUUGUCCUUUCUCUUCCAGCCAUUUGAAUUGACCCAGUUCAUAUAAGCUUUUUUUUCACACGGCGGGAACAGCCCUAACACAUAGUUUCCUUCUUAGCUUUAAAAAAAAAUGAGAAAACAUAUUUGACCCAUAAUCUAGAAAGUUAAAAUAGUGCAAGUCUAAAUUUAUGAUAGGUAUGAAAUCCCUCUUGCUGUAGCAAAAGUUGAAGAAACAUGAUUUUUGAAGGAAUCUGUUACGUUUAUAGCACAAAUGGGUGGCAAGCAGUAGUAGUAAUGGCACCUGGGAAUUGGAGUCAUCGGCAGUAAUGCCCAUCUGUUUAACAGAUUGUUUAAGAAAACAUUUACCUCACAAUAUUUAGCUUAAUUUUCUUAAUAGUUGUUUCUGUUUCUGAAGCAAAAUAGAUCAUGCAGGUUUAAGCUUCGCAAAGGGAUAUAUUUGUAAAUAUAGGAGGCUAUUUCUCUCUGUCCUUCUAUAAAUCAUUUUUAUGUAUAACAUGUAAAAAAAGAGAAUCUUGGUUUGCAUCACUUUCUUUCGUGGAACAAAGGCAGGACAGAGACAAGCAAGUAAUUUAGAUGGAUUAGAUGUAAAAAUCAUACAUGGUGCAGUGUGGAUAGUUUUUUUUUUAAGCAUAUAUUUUUACCAAACAUUCUUGUAGUGUUAUGAACAUAUUUGGAGAACUAUUGUGGGUGGGUUGUACUUGUUUUAAAAAUUGAUGUAACUUUAUGAAAAAAACAACGCAAGACUUCUCAAAUGGCCAACAGAUUUUAAUGAAUAAUAGGGGCAAGAGCCCAGCUGUAUUAUUACCUAAUGCUAAUUGGAGGUUCAGUUCUGCCUGUGUACUUUUUUUGAGUGUGUAAGCUAAUUUAUGUUCGGCAUGAGGUUGUGUUCUUAUUUCUUUAGCUGUAGUGUUUUGUGAAAGUAUUAGAAAACUUAACUCUGUUCACCAAAAUGUGGUUUCAGCACUUUUGUAGCUUGGGAGUUGCCACAGUUGUAUUUCAUACUUUUAUAUAAAAAUAAGAUGGUGCUUUCUUCCAACAAUAAAAUCUACUAUUAAAUGUC